UGGUUGUGUUAUGUUACUUAUGCCUUUUGGAGGUGCUCGAUGCAUUACAAUUGAUCUCCAUCAAUUUAUUAUCGGUCGCAUCCCAAAAUAAUUCGAGAAGUUGUAGAAAUUAAUAUCGAUAGGACCUGUGUUUAUGUAAUAUCUUGGGGGUGCGAGGCGUUUCGCAGGCGGUGGAUUUUUCGUCGAGGGGGUAGAUGUUGGAGAUUCUUGAAUUUUACUAGUGAUUGUGGUAUUGGUUGGAGGCACGGCGAUGUGUGCUGGGUAGAUGUGCAAUUGGCGAAAGUACAACUUGGGAAAAGUUGAAUCUAGAAUGUCAUAAUAUAUUUAUAGACAGACACAUUCAGAGUGAGAAUCAUGGUAAACGAGAGGUUAGCCUCAUCCUCACUCCCGGAGGUCCCCCCCCACACCCUCUCCAACUACGAUAUCCAGGUGAAGGAGGAGACGUUCAACCUCUUCCACCGCGAGGGCACCCCCUCCCCAGUCAUUUUCCAGAACAACAACAUGAAGAAAGAGCUCGAGGACUACGACCCCAAUUUAGUCCUCCUGGAGCCACCCCCAGAGGACGAGUCAGACGAGGAGACGAUAGCCACUUUCAUAACAGCAGCUGGUCAGCAGUUGGCCCUCUACGCUGUCGAGGACUCGGACGAGAUAUUCGCUGUGGCUGUCUACGACGAAUCGGGCGAGCCCCCCUCAGACUUCCAGUUCCUCAUGAGGGACGACGUCGAGAAGCUCAUCGGCGAGGGUGCAGUAAGAACAGUCAAAAAAACAUCCCAAUUUAAGAAGCAGAUUUACGCAAUGGAAGAAAUCCCUCCACCAGUCCCAGCGUCCCCUGAGCCUCCAGCAGAAACUCCGACCCCACAGAAGGAGGAAAUCAUAGAAUUCAGAUCUCCCCAGAAGUGCGUGAAGAAGGAAAUUCCAUUCUCUGACGAGGAGGACGAAAAUCCCCCAGAGAACGACUACAAAAGCACUUUGAACAUUGAGGAGAACCUCCCCAACAGUGAAUUGUACGAGAGCUGGCCAUCGGACAACGUCUACCUGGUGGUGCAGGACAAUUCGAUGAUUGAAACCCAGGGAGAGCCUGAGAGCAAGCAGAGAACCCCAGUUAAAGAGGAGAUAAAGACCAAAGUGAUUGAGAAAGUGCAAUAUAUUCUGUCGGACGAGCCCCCUCCAGACCCCUCAGACCUCACCCUGGCGGACAUCGAGAAGAUCCUGAAGCAGGAUCAGGCGAUCCCCAGGUCCAGCAAAAGUUCCUUAUCCAGAGGAGUCAAAUCAGAGAGUUUGAAUGCAGUGGGGAUUGAUCUGGAGGUCGAGCCAAUCGACGAUCAAGACGUUAGCGAGGAGCACAACUUUUCCCAGGAUAACGAGAACUUGUCCCAGGAUAAUGAGAGCUUCCCCCAGGACGACACCUUCACAAAACUGAACUCUUCGGAAGUACUGAGGAUAAAACGUCCGAGGAAGCAGCAGUUGACGACAGUGAAUCGAGCUGAUUCAGAGAUAAUAAUUCAGCCAGCAAUGAUGACUGAAGUUGACGAGGAGAAUUUGUACCAGAAUAGGUGGAAGGUCCAGCCGAAGAAGAGGGGACGACGUAAAAAGAAGAAAGACACGACGAUGAAGAAGACACCCUACAUGAGGACCAGGAGGAAGACGAGUAAACCGAGGAAGAAGAAGAAGUACAGGAUUGAGGUGAUUGACAUUGACCUGGAGGAUGUCAACAGGGAGAUCAUUACCCUUGAGGAUGGCAAGGAGAAGGGCUCCAGUGAUAAGGAGAACGACGUCAUCAUGGUGGGGGAUUCUGACGACGAUGAGGACAAGGAGGAGGAGGUGGAGGUGGACGACAGUGACGACAGCGAUUAUGACGAUGGGGCUGAGAGGAGGGGGAGGAGAGGAACGAGACGGCGAUUGGUGGAGAUUUUGAAGUGCCAGAGGUGCAGGAGGGAGUUCAGGGGGAAGAGGGGGCUGGAGAUGCACUCGAGGAUGUGCUCCAAGGGGGGAAAGGCCCAGGGGACGAUAUCAGAGAGGACUAGGAGUGGGACCAGACGAACUGCCCCCAUGAGGUCUGCCAGGCUCAAGUCUGUCAAUGAGGGGAAUACGAGGGACAAGGGAAGGGGGAAGAAGGAGUACAAGUGCAAGAGCUGUCAUGAGAGGUUCGAGGUGGUGGUGGCUCUUGCGAGGCAUGUGAAACUGAUGCACUCUCUGAGGAAGAAGAUCAAUACUAUUAGGAAGGAGGAGAAGAAGGUGAGCCAGGAGAGACUGAGGGAGGGGAGGAGGACGAGGAGCUUGGGGAGGAAGGACGAGGUGGAGAAGAAGGUGGAGAGGGGCAAGAGGAGAGAGAGGUUCAGGAAGGUGAAGAGGGGGAGGAUUUGGAGGAACGCUGGGACCAAGAGGAUCAAUUGCUUGGACUGCAGGAGGUCCUUUCCCAGUCUCGCCGCUAUGCUGGCGCAUUCCCUGCAACAUGCCACCAAGAAAAUUGUUUCAGAGAAAAUGAAGGUUCAGAGGUGUCGAAGAUGCAAGAAAGUCUUCAGGUCGAAAUACCUUUAUAUUCGUCAUCUGCGUAGUCACAGUAGUAUUCCAACGCUACAAAAGAGAAAAUCGCGCAUCACAAAACAGUCAGCGAAUACGCCGAUCAAGAAACGGGGGAGGCCGCAGAAGUCGUGAUUGAGAGACACAUGAAUAUUCUGUAAAAUCAUAAGUUAAGAUGACACGUUAGAGAGACAUAUAGAACUAUCAAAUAGUUUAUGCGAUGUAGUGAGCAUGGAGUAUUUGUACGAAGGACCGAGAAAUCAAAUGCAAUUAAUGGGUGAAUUACUCUUGUAAUCAUUGCUCUAUUCAUUAGAAUUUUUUUAAAAACAACUUUUUUCUCUUGGAUUCACGGUCACAGCCACUUUUUCCUCAGCACACAAUAGAACGGUUUUAUGUACAAUGGAUACAUGAACUGGGUGUACAUUAAUCCAUGUAAAGUUGUAUCAUUCAGAGCGAGAUUGAUUCAAAAUUUUCGUUAGUAUGUAUUAGUUAAGAUACUACUUGAUGCUGCGAGAGUACACUGUUAAAAUUUUCGUGAGACUGAGGAAUUCAUUUCGUUGAUUUAUUGAUGACUUAUUCAUUUGUAUUGAUUUGAGGAUGACAUCAACAACGCAUUAUUCAAUUCAUAAAACUAUCUUUCAUUUUCCACAGGUCAGUUAUUUUUUUUUCUGAAGUGGAAUUACGUUAAAGUUGAGUUUUACUUGACUCGUUAUUUCAUAAUUUGAUUGAUUAUUGAAUCAUUGGAUUUGAUUGAUGAAAAAUUUUAACAGUGUAGUUAUUACUAUCACCUGUAUAUUCUUUAGGCAUAUGUAUAUUUAUCAAUAAAAGAUAUGAUAUAGGAUAUUUUUG